CGGCAUAUUGUUGUUUCCGGUUUUUAAAUGGUCAAAUUAAAAGAAGUUCAAGACAUGUUUUGGGGAGUUAUUUUGAGUGCCGGCAAACGGUACACACAGACAGUUGAGCGGUCUUUCCAUGUAUCCAUGGCAGCUCUGGAGGUUGGAGCAGAUCUACCUUCAAGUGAAGACAAGCAUGUGUCCGUCAUGAUCCAGUACGAGAAAGCCACGUAUCUGCUCUGUACUCUGGUGCACGGCAAGUUCCACCAACAGGCUCUCGAUCUCAACUUGACAGAGGGAGAAGUAGUGACGUUUUUCAUCGUUGGAUUUGGAACUGUCCACAUGACUGGUUACGCUAUUGAGGAGGAUAUAGACACUUUUGAAGAGCCGUAUCCAGUUUCAGAGUCUGACUUAGAUUCCGAUGAAGUACCAGAGUUAAUGGAUCCAGAAAUGGAAAGUUUAAAAAAAAAAGCUUUAAAGAGAAAACUGGGUUCCAAUACUUCACUGUCAAAGAAACUUAAGAUGGAUGAUAGUGACGAUGCCAUAAAACAGUAUUUGGAAGAAGAGGACUCAGAUGAUGAUGAUGAUGAUGAAAGUGAUGAGGAUGAAGAUGUUUCUUCUGAUGAAGAAGAAAAAGUUUUAAUUACACCAAAAGGGAAAAAACAUUUAACACAGUCCAAAUCGGAGUCGAAAAUAAAAACAUCCAAGUCAUCGGAGAAAGCACCAGAAAAGAAUAAGUCCAAACGGACUCCUUCGUUAGAGAAGAAAAAUAAACUGUUUGCUGAUGAGAGCAGUAAAGAAGAAAGAUUUUUAAAUAAAAAUCAAAACGCAUCUCAGAAUGGGGAACCCCAAUCGACUGAACCUGAGGGUGGCAAAAAGAAGAAGAAAAAGAAGAAGAAGAAGAAAAAGAAGAGUGAGCCAUCCGAGGAAACUGUGCAACAAACCCCAAGUGAAAAGCAACAACCGAAGAAAAAGGUUCUGUCAGGCGGUACAAUUAUGGAGGAAUUGAAAAUAGGCCAUGGUCCUGAGGCAAAAGAAGGAAAAAUGGUUCAUGUGUAUUAUGCUGGGAAGUUAUCUGACAAUGGCAAGCAAUUCGACUCCAGGCUGCUAGGACAACCUUUCAAAUUCCGAUUAGGAAAACGUGAAGUAAUUCAGGGAUGGGACUCUGGACUUGCUGGUAUGAAAGUCGGUGGAAAACGGAGAUUAACAGUUCCGCCAAAUCAAGGAUACGGCAAACAAAGACAGGGACCCAUUCCGCCCAACAGCACUCUUGUUUUUGACAUUGAACUGAAGGCCGUGAGCUAGGUGGUCUGAAAUAAAUGCGUACACAGUUGUCGAGAGGAUUCAUGUGUUCAUGACUUGUUGCUCUGAUCAGUAUCAUCACCAUAAAUCUGCUCAUAUUGCUGACAUUGCUGCUACCAGAUUCGAUACAAUUUUAAAAAUCUGUUUGUGCUUCAUCACACGAAGAUAAAAUGAUGAUCAUCUUGUGUGGUUUAGAAGGAUUGAUGUCUUGGGAUCCUAAGUCAUGAGACGGAGCGGAGAUGAAACAUGACUCCACUCGUAUACUUAAUGUUAUUAUGUUGUUCAUUGAUUCACAGCUUGUGACACUUUUUGAAGGUAAAGUGAAACAGAUGAUCAUUUAUCACAUCUCUACAAUAACGUGUCUGUCUAGGAACCAGAUGGAGUCUACUUCUAUUUUUUUAUAUAGAUAGUAUAAAAUGUUUUAGUAGCCAAAUGAAAAAAAGGGUUGCAUAUACAACCAGAUUGGCCGCAAUGUAGAGUGCUGUUUAUACUGUCGCGCUGUGGCCAAACCUAGUAACUCACUUUUUAGUCAAACCUGAGGUAUAUAUAUAGUGAACUACAUUAAAGAUGCACCAGUCACAUUUGUGAUUGUAAAAAGGAUAUGAGAAGAAAAUAACACCAUUUAACAGACUUUAUAUAACUGAACAUAUUAUGAUAGGCAGUAAAUAAGCCCACAUUCGUAUACAAGUGGUUAAGUGGUGAUUUUCUUUGGAGUUUAGUAUAUUAUGUUAUUUCAAGCUAUUAAUUUAUGUCCAUAUUAUUCUCCCAUGAAGUAAUGCAAACUAAAAUGCAAUUGGCUAAUUUCUCCACUGGCAAACCAGUAUAAGUCAUUGAAAUCAUCUUGGUAAUCAAGCUGGAAUAUACGUUGACUUGAAAAUAGGAAAUACUCGUAAAUACAAAAGAUAAAAUCAAUUUUAAACGGACUUGUAAUCCCACUAAAAAAUAGCUGACCCUUGUAAAUACAAAUGACAAAUUUCAAGUCAAAAGUGUUUUACAUUAACCGUCAAUUUCCCACAAGUUACGAGUCAUAAAAGUGUUUAAGCAUAGCCUACGAGCUCCCAUUACUGCCAAACGGCUAUAUAGGGUUGCAAAUGAAUUGGCACCCAUUUUUACAUGCACUACAACUAAUAUUGUGCAUAGAAUGAUGGAAAUACAUGGUGAAAAGGUUUCAGGCAAGUUCAUUUUGCCUGAAUAUCUCGAUCUUUUUCACCCGAUUUUGAGGAUUUGCUCCAGCUCUUGGGGGCAGUUGUCUUCCUAGCUCCCUGUCUUGUUUGCUUAUGUGUUUAAGCAAUAGUCUUGUUUUUUUUACAAUGGGCUAAGCAUUGAUCAAACAUGCCUCUUCAAAACAAAGUAAACGUUGAGUUGCUAGGUUUCACCACUGGAUGGCAGUAGACAUGAAACUUCAGCAGAAAUGAUACAUUUCUGCAUUUUCUUUCAGAAUAAAGGACUGGAAAUGAUUUGUUACUGGUUAGGGACACGGAGGUCAUACGAUAAAGGAUUUCUUGUGGCAUUAUUCAUAUUUUGAAAAUACAAAUAAGGACCAUUUCAAAAUUGGUCAUGGGGGAGGGGAGGUAUUGUUGUUUUUGUUUACCGACCAGAAUUGCAGCAUAACUAGCUGGUAUUCAAUAAUAAUUAUGAUGCCUUCCCCCACCCCAUGUGUAAAUUUUUGGAACAGCCCUUAAUUUAAAUGAGCAUGUCUGCUUUUAGUUACUUCAAGAAGAGAUGGAAAGGAAUUGUUUAUGCAGUUACCAUCUCUGUCAAAUAAAGCAAUUACUGCAAGGUGAAAACCGAGUCCAGUUUCACUUUUUACAUGUAGGGUGAUGGGAUGGGGACAGUGUUUGAAGCAGCAACAAACACAAUGCUAACCAACAUUACUUCAAGUGAUGAGAUGGAGGGGAAAUCCAUCUUCAUUUCUCCAACAUGUUAUACUAUUCACUGAUCUGUACAAAACAUGCAUGAUAUUUUUAGAGGUAAAAUGAGAUCAUAUAUAAACUGUUUUCAAGAGGCAGAAAGAUGCAUUGUUUUUACAAAUUUGAAAAUACAUUAUUGGUAUUGAAAAUUUGGAGUGGGAUUUUUCUUUCAAUGUGCAAGAAUUCUUUGUUUUGUAAUUAUUUUAAUUUUUUAAAAACUCUUUAAUGGGCAGGAGCCAUUUUAAUUUUCAAUUUUACAAUGGCAGUAAACUGUCUCUUUAGAACUAUUUUAAAAUUAGCUAUUUUGUCAGUUUAAGUAAUGUGGUGGGAUGCAUGUUCCCACUCCCUUCUGGAUCAAAAUGUUCUGAACAUUGUAUGCAUGUAAGAUAUUCUAUAAAGAUAUCAGAAGACCUAUAUAUUAUAAACUUUGGUACAUUAUAAGAAUUAUGGUUCUGCUCAUUUUAUCAAUGUUAAUAUGUAUACGACUGGAGAACAAAAGCUUAUGUAAUAUUGGUAUGCACAUUGUUUAUUUGUACUGCAUUGAAUCGGGUAAUAAAAGACAUUGAAAAUGA